CCCGGCACCGCCCUCAGGGCGCCCGCGCGCGGACAUGGCGGCGCCCGCGUACCCCGCCUGGGUGACGCGCUGGGUGUCGGGGCAGUGGCGGAACAAGAAGCGGCCCCCGACGCUCCGCCCGCCCCGGACACUGGCGCUGGCCGACAAGGUGGCGAACCGCCGGGAGCAGUCGACAGAGGCAACGUGCAUUACCGAGAUGUCAGUAAUGAUGGCCUGCUGGAAACAGAAUGACUUCAACGACACGCCUUGUGCCAAGGAGAUCAGGAUGUUCUAUGACUGCGUGGCAAAGGCAGAAAAAGAGCGCAAGAAUCAAAAUGAGGAUACGGUGUCAUCCAGGGGAAAUUUGCCUUCAAGCAAAGUGAACAAGCUCCUGAAGAGGUUUCCUCAGAUCACACGUUAUGUAUAAUGUGCUAUAUGAAAGAGACUAUGGACAAGCAAUUAAAGUUGGGGUCUUGGUCAAAGAAAAGGAAAGUCAAGUGAAUUUUUGAUGUCAAGUGGUGUGUGGAUCUUGAUCCUGCUUUUGAUUACAGAGCAAAAACUACCCAUCUUGAAUAUCAGCUGAUUUUGUUCAUGGGAUUCUUGGGUCUUGAAGUGUUAGGAUUUCUGCAGUGUGUUGUUCAGCUUCCCUACUCAGGUCCUCACUGUUAAAUAAAACCUUCUAAGCAUUCA